CUGUGCGUGAGAGAGUACACAGCCCCGCGUAAUUCGUGCUUUCGACAGUAACUCCCUGUGUACAAUAGGAGUGUGCACCUUUGAAAAAAUCAAAUAUUUACUCCAAUAAUUGGAAGAAAUUUGAAUAAAAAACCUGUAACAAAACAAGUUAUGAAGAAGUUGUCUAAGCCAUGAGAUGAGGAUGGACGAAGAUGCCCUCCUCGCAAAGAUACUUAAUGAGUCUCAUGCGUUCACAAAAGAGGAACUCGAAUGUUUGGUGGCCCAGGGACUCGAGGAAGAACACCGCACCCAACAGACCCGUCCUCCGCUCCUGUGUCACCGUACAUGGGACAAGCUGCUGUGUUGGCCCCCUACCCAACCCGGUACCCUUGCACGACUUCCCUGCUUCGCCGAACUCAACGGGAUUCAGUACGAUACUACCAAGAAUGCAAGCAGAUGGUGCCACGAGUCUGGGGAUUGGGACAAUUAUAGCGACUACACGGCUUGCAGCAACCUCAUGGAUAUGGGGGAGGAGCUGCAGGAGGGACAGGGCAUCGAGGUGUCCACCAUCCUCUACUUUGGCGGUCACACCAUGUCUCUGGUGGCUCUCGGUGUGGCAGUCUGGAUAUUCGUAUACUUCAAGGACCUGCGGUGCCUCAGGAACACAAUCCACACCAAUCUCAUGUUCACUUACAUCCUGGCUGACUUCAUGUGGAUUGUCACUAUCAUAGUACAGAUGACUGUACAGAUGGAUCUAACUGCCUGUGUUUUGCUCAUUCUUCUUCUCCAUUACUGUUACCUAACAAACUUCUUCUGGAUGUUGGUUGAAGGUCUGUACCUGUACACACUUGUUGUCGUAACGUUCACAAGGGAUAACAUCAAACUUAGAGCUUACGUCAUCAUCGGUUGGGGUAUCCCGGUGGUGGUAGUCUCUGUCUGGGGUAUUGUAAAAAGUUUAACGAGCGUCGAGGUCGACCCUCAGGUCCAGAGCCGCUACGCAAACUGCCCCUGGAUGACCCCUCACCCCUACGACUGGAUCUACCAGGCCCCUGUGGCUGCCGUACUUGCCAUUAACCUGCUCUUCCUCUGCAUGAUUAUGUGGGUGCUGAUCACGAAGCUGCGCUCAGCAAACACACUAGAGACUCAGCAGUACCGAAAGGCUACCAAAGCUUUACUGGUGCUGAUUCCACUGCUGGGUAUCACUUAUAUCCUCGUCAUCGCAGGACCUUCCACAGGACUGUCUGCGAACAUCCACGCCUACGUUCGAGCUGUUCUUAUAUCUACCCAGGGUUUCACUGUCGCCCUAUUCUAUUGCUUCCUCAAUUCUGAAGUACAGAACACCGUAAGACACCAUAUAGACACGUGGAGGGAGGCCAGGGACUUGGGGAUGGGCAGGAGGUUCACCUAUACCAAGGACUGGUCACCUAACACUAGGACCGAGAGUAUCAGACUUUGCAACACCAAGGGCACCAGCAAGAAGAAGUUUCGCAAGCGUCAGAUGUCUGUGAGCGAGGCGACCACGAUGACCGUAGUGGGUGGAGUGCUCAACAAGGACGCUAUUUCCAGAACCAAUAAUGGGUCUACGGGUCAUGGUGUGCACACCACUGUCAUUGCCAACUAUGAAAGUAUGGAAGAACACGCGGUCUAGCAGAGGGCAGGGCCCUCUGGAAGUGUGAAGGGCUACGGGGUGGUCAAGUCCAACAGAAGAUACUCCAAAAGAUAAGGGAGAGAGAGUUCGCAGAUGGGGCUGAGUCGCAACGAAAUGUGAAGUGAGAGUUAGAACAUCAGAGAAUAUGAACCGGUUAUAUUCGUUAUUGUCCUAUAAUAUGUGCGUACGUCUGUUGAAAAUUAUGUGACUUUUAAAAUUAUUGAGCGAUUCUUUAACAGUACUGUACCAAUACAUUUAUUCUCUUAAUCUAUUUACUUUUUCAUACGAAUAUAACUAAUCAAGUCAUGCAGUUUGAUUUAAAGUACGUGUUGUGUAUCGUAAAGUAAAAUAUAGGUCAAAAAUUAAAAAACAACAAUUCAGGUAUAUUAAACUUAUAAUUAAAGUUUGACAACUAUUAUUUAAUAACAAUGUUUGGUUACGAGAGUGUAAAAUUAAGUGAAUGUUACUUUAAUCAAAAGAAAUUACAAUUUUAACUAAACACUAUCUGUUAAUUCAAUAUUUUUUAAUACAACAAGUACAUGAUUAAUAGUACAGUUUCUUCUUUUGUAAAAUAAAAAGAACCAAAUAUUCAUCUAAACUAAAAUAUUUUUUUAGUUUUUGUAUAUGAACAGAUUUUGUGUUUCUGGCAUUAAUAUUAUGUUAGAUAAAUAACCAUUUUUGCAUAUAAAUUCAAAAAGCUUCAAAAAUAUUCUUACACAAUCUUUGCUCAGUAAAGUAUCUAUCGUUUAUAUUAAGUGAUAUCUGACGGGUUAUUACUUGCUUUUAACUAUGAUUACCUCUAUAAAUAAAAAAGAACACAAUUUACUCAAAAUCUAUGUUGCAAUGAAUGGUCCAAAAUAUUAUCGGCAACCUUACUUCACCGAAAUUAUUUAUUAAACUAGAAAAGUGACUAAAAUGAGUUUAAAAACGUUAAGAAACACGUAUUAGAAUAGAGGUAAAUGUACUAUGGAGUUGGGAGAAUUAUAAUUAUUUGAAAAUUAUUAAAACAUUUACUUUUAAGGUUAUUUAGCAAAUAUAAUUUAGAGCCUACUCAUUCAGAGAUCUCUGUGGGUGUUAUACCAUUAUUAAAUUUAAAAAACCUCAUAAAUGAAAUAGUAGUUAAAUGGGCUGAGAUUAUUACUUCCUAAAGUAGCAGGUUCUUUGGCUCAUUCGCAACCCCCUGAGUUUAACGAAAGAAAAACAUUCCUCAAAAUAGUAUCUUCAUUAAAAUAUUAAAAUUAUAGAUGAUUCUGCCACAAAUAGUUGAAAGAACUAAGAAUAUCACAGAAUUAAAUGUUUGGUGAAAGCAAGUCCUAACGAGAUACACGGACCUAUACUGAAUAUCGGCUAGAUUUAUUUCCCCCGUACUUGAUAACUAUUUUGAAAUGAAGGAGAAACAUAGUCUACGACUUGUACAGUCAAUUCGUCUAACCAAACAACUAAAGUGUGCUCUAAAUGGGUGCCCUGCGUAACUCGUAAACAUUACAAAAUAUGUUACUUAAUACUUAUUUAUAAUGACCGUGAAAUAAAAAUUAAAGUUGGUUAUUUAUUGUGAAACAUGCUAUCGUAAAUUGCUGGAAAUGAUCUUCUAAUCACUUUGAUAAAUAUUAGAGUGUUUAAUCUGAUUGCUUGCUGUUUAUAAAUUCUCUAAAAGCUUUUGAAAACUAAGUCUAUUUACUUUUUUUACCUACUUUGUAUGAAUUGAAGAAUUAUGUAAUAAAGCCAUACUUGACUGACCCCCACUUCAGUAAUGUGUAUAAGAAUUAUAAUUAAGGUUUUAUAACACUCAAAUAUGAUCAAUAUAAAUUCAGUGUAAAUAUUUAAGUACUGUUUAUACCACCCUUACCAAUACUCAUGAAAGAUAUGUUGUUUUGUAAUAAAAUGUUCUAACAUA